CAUCAAAUUGUCAUCAUUAGCUUACCAGCAGUCAACAGACUUUUAGUAGCUCUUCAAAUCGCUCCACAUUUAUCUUUUGCGAAAAUGAAAUUCGUAAUUGUUUUCGUUGCUCUUUUCGCCGUCGCCAUGGCCAACUCCGAUCAGGAUGCCCAAAUCGUGCGUUUGGACUCGAAUGUCGAGCCAUUGAACUACGAAUAUGCCCAAGAAACCAGCAACGGCAUCAAAUCUGAAGAAUCCGGAAAGAUCAAGAACUUGGGCACCGAACAAGAAGCUAUCUCCGUUCAAGGCUCAUAUUCUUACACCGGUGAUGAUGGUCAAGUUUACACUGUCAACUACAUCGCUGAUGAGAACGGUUUCCAACCCCAAGGUGCCCAUAUUCCAGUUGCUUAAUUUGUUUCAAAAUUAGCGAAAAGCUGAAACGUUGUUGCCUAGUUGUAAAUAGUUGAAAAAAUAAAAUA